ACGAGUAGAACCGGGUUUUCAAGAAGUGAAUUUCCCUUGAUCAAUACUUGCGUAAUGGAGACUAAUGAAAACGAUGCAACCGUGUAAGAACACAUUUUUUGCUCAAAUGUAAGUCCAUUAGCUUUACAUUAACACAAACUGUCAUUAUGCGUGGAUGGUAGAUAACAAUAUUACACAGAGUAGCAGCUACAAUACGACUUGAACAGACCACUACAUGACAAACGGCUGUAGGUGUGGACAGGAGCUUCCAAUCCCUGACGUCACCAUGCGAACACGAGCUUCAGGAAGUGGGGAUGGGUUUGAGAGAUACAUCCAACAGGUGAGGUAGCCCAGCAGCACGACCCAAAACAGGAAGUUGAGCGGGGUUUUUUCGCCAUGAAGAAACAGGAAGAGACGGCCAACCGGCCGGACAACACGGCGUUCACCCAGCAGCGGCUGCCCGCCUGGCAGCCCAUGCUGUCCGCCGGCAUCGUCAUCCCCGGCUUCGUCAUCAUCGGCAUCGCCUUUAUCGGCAUCGGCGUGGCGCUCUUCGUCACCUCCCAGAACAUCCAGGUGUUGGAGCGGGACUACACGGGCGUGGAGAAAGACUCCCCCUGCUUCAAGUGCACCAGCUCCGAAGCCAAGAACUGCGUCUGCACCAUCAACUUCUCCCUCUCCCAGCUGUUCGAGGGUCCCGUGUUCUUCUACUACGGCUUGUCUAACUACUACCAGAGCUACCGCAGAUACGCAGUCUCCAGAGACGCUGACCAGCUGUCUGGGGAUGUGUCCCACUUCAAGGCUCCGGAUUCCUCCUGCACUCCGUACGAGUACUCCCAGGACCUGCCCAUCGUGCCCUGCGGCUCCGUGGCCAACAGCAUGUUCAACGACACCUUCAAGCUGUACCAGGUGGUCAGUGGGCAGAGAAAGGAGGUCCCGUUCGACAGCAAAGGCAUCGCCUGGUGGACGGACUACAACAUCAAAUACCACAACCCCAUCUACAACGGGUCCCUGAAGGACGCUUUUACCGGCACGGUGAAGCCACCCAACUGGCCCAAGCCGGCCUAUGAGCUGGACACGCAGGACCCGGCCAACAACGGCUUCCAUAACCAGGACUUCCUGGUGUGGAUGAGGGCGGCGGCUCUCCCAGACUUCAGGAAGCUGUACCGGCGAAUCACGGAGGGGGACUACGCCAAGGGCCUCCCCGCUGGGAACUACUCCUUGGACAUCAGCUACAACUAUCCCGUGUUGCCUUUCGAUGGUCGGAAGAAGGUGGUCUUGAGCAACGUCUCCUGGAUGGGCGGCAAGAACCAGUUCCUGGGCAUCGCCUACCUGGUGAUCGGCUCGCUGUGCGUGGUCAUGUCCCUGGUCAUGCUGAUCGUUUACGCCAAGUUCAAGUUCCCGGAGGAUGACUCGUGAGGCGCAGCCACUGCGGGACCUGUCCUAGAGGGGGGGGCGCGGAGAUGAGGUCAUCUUAACCAUCCUGACUCAGGAGUGUCCCGUCCCCGUCCCCCGGGCCCCUGUGAUUGGCUGUUGAUAAGCUACAUUCCUCAGCUAAAGCCAGUGACGGUAAAUUAAAAGCGGUUAAAUUGGGAAAUGCUCAUCUUCAUGACCUGUGUGUCUCAUCUGUAAGCAAAGGGAUGUGGGUGAGUGAUACAGACACACACAGACACACAUACACACACUCACACACGCACACACACACACACACACACACACACACACACACACACAUCCAGAGCUUUUACACUCUUGGGUUGCUGUUAUAAUAAGUGUCAAUUUUAUUUAAACAAAAUUUUAAAAAAGCUAAAUACUAGUCCUAGAGACAGUGGGGGCCUAGAAAAUCAGUAAUCCCCGGAUUAAUGAAAAAUCACAGCCAUGAAUUAUGAUUUUUUGGGCCGUUCCCCUGUUCUACUGGCUUUUGCACAGGACACACUUUUCUGGUGGGGGCAAGGGACGGGUGCUAAUGUUAAAGAUGCCUUAUGCACAGAUCGUGUUGUUUCUUCAGACAGGUUUAUUUAUUUAAACUUUGAAAAGCCAUAACUAUUUCCGAGCCUUAAUUGUCCGAAUAGCACCCGUUUGUGACCGUCUGACCUGAGAUUCUCUCCUCGUUUUCCUCUGUUUGCGCUGCUAGUUGGCGUCGCUCAGGGAGUCUUUCGUACUUUUGCAUGUCGCUCUUUUGGUUUGUAAAGCACUUGUCUGCCUGUGUCACUGGAGGUCAGCGUGGCCUGUUCUACAGCUGGGGGAUUAGGCCUGAAGCCAUCGGCUGUGUUUUCUUUACAAUACGCAAAACAAAAAAUAACUGACAUAAUUCCCCUGUAGCUAAUUACUGAUUUCUCAUCAGUGGUUUUGAAUGGAAAGGAGCCAUAAUGAGUCUGUUUCAGGGGCAAAAUUCGAAUGACCCCCACCUCUUAUCCGCCUGGUGCAGGCUAGUCCCUGUCUGAAGGUAACACACAUAAGAACUGAAGAACUCUUCUUUUCUUCUUGAACCAUACCUUUCCGUUUUGGUACAGUAAAGAGUUACACAAAAGCCUGUUUUUUUUUUUUUGUUACAGUCAUGGAAAAACUGUUGCUUUUUGAUUACAGAGCCAUGAAGCCAUGAAGAUGAGGGCUAUAUUGAAUAAAUUCCAAUAGGGUAGACUUGGAGGUCUGAUUGAAUGCUUUAACUGAUGUGAAUAUUUGCGUUACAGAAUAUGAUGAUGACUGUGUUAUGUUGUCCUUCUUUCAUAAUUUGUAUUUCCUUGGGUUCUGUGGGUGAUUUAAUGUUUAUUUUUUUUCCUCUUAUAGAAUAUUUUUCUACAAAAAUGCGGUGUGCAUUUAAUGGUGUUCUCAGGGCAUUGGUGUCAUUUCUGUAAUUAGGCUGUGUGUAUAUUUUACCUUUUAUCAUGACCUCUGUAUUUUACAUUUUCAUUUGUUCUCUAGUGUUGUGCAUUUACUGUUUAUAAAUUGUACAAUAAAUGGAAACUUGAAGGA